UCACGAGAAUCAUUUGGUUAGAACUUGGAAGAACAUUUGGUUAGAAAGAUGGAAUCAAACAAAAACGGUGUCGUAUGGAAACCGAGCGUUUCAAUUUUCCCCUCAACAGAUCAGAGUCAGACAUUCUAAUCACCGGUUCGGUUUCCUGAUUAACCGGAUAGACAAUUUUACUGGGUUAUAGCCAUAAAUUCUGGUGCUCCUCCUUUUUGGUUGAAGUCUCUGCGUCUGCGAGAUCGCGCUUUAAGCUUCUGCCUAGGCUUAAGUUCAUGGAUCACUAGGCCAAGGGAAUAUUAGACAAUGGGUGACUGAGUAUUGUGUAUGCACAAUCACAUUCUUUAAGAUCUUGUGUUUGGAAUUGAUUCUUGUUGUUUCUGCAAUUUAAAUGGAUACUGGUGGAUGGGUAGAUGAAAAAAGCGAGAACCGAUUAUAUGUUGGAAACCUUGAUCUUCGAAUAAACGAGGCUGCGUUGAUAAAAAUGUUUUCUCCAUAUGGGAAGAUAAUAUCCGAAGACUUCCUUUGGCACACACGCGGGCCAAAGAAAGGAGAACCACGCGGCUAUGCUUUCAUUCAGUUCAGCCGUAAAGAGGAAGCUGAAUUGGCGAAGGAGAAAAUGCAUGGGAGAUUAGCUUGUGGUAGGCCGUUGGUUGUACGUCUAGCUAGUGAGAAGCAUCGUGAAGAUUCAUCUCAUGAUCACUCCAAAAGAUCAUUACCAGAAGAAGCAAAAAGAACGAGGUUUGUAACUGGAACUAGUAGUACCUCAGGACAAAUGAGCCGAAACGAAAAAGUAGCUGCCAUUAAGAACAAACUCAAAGCUUUAGAAGAAGAUGAGAAACAAGAUCCCAAGAAACAGAAGAGAUAAAAGAAUCGGUUUUAAACACACAGCUUUGUGUCAUCUUCAACGUUUUUGUAUCUGUUUUUUUUUUUUUUAAUACUGCACUUAUAUAGUUGAAUCCGAAUUCGGUUUACUGGUUUAAUCAAAACCAAAUUUGAUUUUA